UUGCGCGCAACUCCUCCCUUCAACCUUUACGCAACAUGCCAUUCAGUCAAACGGUAGCAGCCAGCAUCAUUUAGGGCAUUUUGCACUCAGGACGACGUUUCCACACCCCUCAGAAUACAGGAGGAGACGUUUCACCAGCACUAGACUGCUGUUCUUAAUCAUACUGAUAAGAGAGGCUGAUGAAGCGCUGCUUCAGUCUCUCACUUCCUGCCUCCGGAGUAACUGCAACAGGUUCCGUAUUCUACCACACUCAUGCCUCACCCCUAAGCAGCAACCGCAGAGAACGCUAGGGUUCGGGGAAAAAAAACCCAAAUCGUACUCCGAUACGGAUCGUUUAUUAGAAGAAGAAAUGCUAGUGUCCCUCGGGUAACCUGGGCAUCUGCUAAGAUUGGCCGACACGCUGAAGUUGAAGAUAAGGCCCAUCAGCAUGGUCACCUUCUGGUUGCUGGUGGCUCUCUGGACACCGUCGGCAGAGGGUUACCCACUCUCCGCCACCGAGGCUGCGACCAAUGGAAUAAGUAAUGCUUUCAGAGCCAACCUGGAGACCAGAGGAAAUGAAGAAACCGGGAGGUCUGAGGAACACACGGCUGCAGGAGCCGAGUUGGCUUCAGUGGAGGAAAUGGUUUCAUUUUCGACACCGAGCUACACUAAGAGCAAAGAACCACAUACCCUGUCCUCUCCAAUGGUAGCUUCUAACACAAGAACCCAGCGCAGCACCUUGCUGCUGUCCAGCAAUCCAUCAACAGCACCUAAGGAGACUGGUCAUUCAUCUACCACAGAACAUAAAACCAGUGAUAGACCACAACAGCAUUCCGAUGGUCCACACUUAGGUCAUGUAACCACUUUGACAGCAACCACACAAAGACCCCCGCAGUCAUCGGCUCUGCCAGCUGCCUCGGGGAAAGUCACUCUGAGAAUGACCACAACCAGUAUGAGGGCGACAGUAGCGAAAAUUGAUGCCACAUCAUAUCAGAAAUUAAGUUCAUUUAGCCAAUCAACAACAUCCGUAUUAAGGGACAAAACCACUUCUACCAAUAAAACUCAAGUCAAGUCGACUCCAGGCCUUACCACGUUUUCCACACACACAACUACCACUGCCAUCGCUUUAACUACCACCAAAUUAAUUGAAACGACUGUACCCUCCAUCAGCACUGCGACUACUAAAAUAUCCGAAGCGAUUAUAGAGAAACAUGGUAAUGGUGCAGGCACUACAGUGGCUGCUGUUAUAAUCGGGGCAAUAGUAAUCAUGAUCGGGGCAAUCGCUUUCAUCAUGUUGCGGAAGAAACGCAGGCAGGAGAGGAACAAGUACAACACCACAUGGGCCGGCCCCACACCCUUCCUGGAUGGUGAGAUCCAGGCUAACAUUCCUUUAGGCGAGGAUGAUGAUGGUGGCAAGAGGCAGCCACACAAGCGAAUCUCGGUACCCAACUUCCUAUCUGGACUCUCAUCCAAACGCGAGUCUCUCCUCAAAGAUGAAGAGGAACAGGUGCCCAUGGAAGGACUGGUGCAGGGGAGCACCUUCAGUAGGCCUCAGGACAGCGUAUCCCCCCCCAGCAAUGGCAGUGUUCUUAGUGAUGAAGCCCAGCCUCUCGGGGCCACGCCCACGCCGGAUCCUGAAAGCCCGUCACCAGACACCUCGACCAAGGGGGAAGACAACUUUGGACAAGAUCCUAUUGAAGACGACGCAAUAACGGAGACCCAACCUGACCCUCCUGCACCUCUAGUGGAGGUCGACCUCGAACCCCCACCUGGACAGGAGGCUCUACCACCUCCACCCUCGGAUGGCCCAAUUGUCCCACCUCCGCCCCCUCUACCGCCCUCCACAGAGUGACGCAGAUCGCUGCAAGCAGCCCAGCCAUAAUAAAGCAUUCGUCUUAUGCCUUGGGGUUAUUCUGUAAAUACAUGAUUUCCGACUGCUUAUUCCUUACAUACAGCUUUGCCGUACAUUGGGAAAAAGGGAUGACUGGGGAGGGACAUCUAGGUCAGCACUGGUGGUGGGGGGUGUGCGCGGAGAGGUUUAACAAGUGGAACCUGAGGCCGCAACGCACUCUUUCUUUGGGAAACUACUGGCUGGUGUGCUGCUUCUGUGAGCCAAUCAGCGUGCAGGAUGUAUGAUGAGGGUGGGUGCAGGUGUUAGACUCGUUUGUGAGGGGAGCAGGGGACGCUUUGAAGGCCCAGAUGGAACACGUAUCUAGUGAUCGCAGAACGCAAAACACAGGGACAGCGGGGGCCAGGGGCCGGGGAUCGAUGCAGCCCGAGUUACUGCAGCGCUGCAGCGCGAAGAUCUGGCAGUGACUGCGAAGGAAAACCACGGCCGAAAUAGAGCUGCGUCUAUUUCACUUUGACCCGGGACAGGAAAAGCCCAUGGCAGCUCGCUGCAAAAAGGAGAACAGACUGUCAAGGCUGCUAGAGCACAAACAACACUUACGCUUGCUACUGCUUUCGCAAACGUAAGGGGUGAUGAUUUAAAACCGAAUCCUCCGUCGGUGCCUUUGCAUGCUAUACAUUGUACGGUAAGCUUCUGCAAACAAAUAAAUAACAAUAAAAAAAAUACAUCAAAA